GCUGCAUCGACGUUUUCAAAUCAUAGGGGGUAUUUGGACUUAAAAAAAAAUGAAAACGCGAAUAUACCAGCCGAAAGUAAAGCUGCGGCGGCUGGGGUGAAUGGCUCCCUCCUCUCCCCGCCGCGACCUCGACGGCGAGGGGACCGGCGGCGGGAGCUCGGCGGCGAGGGAGAAGGAGCGGCCGAGGUCCUUCGACGAGAAGACCCGGUCGGCGUGCUGGCGGAAGGCGGCGGUGGUGAUGGGCCGGCACCCGGAGCGGUGGCGGCAGGACGCCGCCGGCAACGUCGUGUGCCGCCGCUUCUGGAGCUGCCACGGCUGCCUCUGCUACGAGUACGACCACAUCGUCCCCUUCUCCAAAGGAGGGGAGUCUACUGUUGACAAUUGCCAGAUUCUUCAGACAAGGGUGAAUCGGUCAAAAUCUGAUAAAGCAUGGAUAGAGCAGGCAGAAAUGCAGGGAUUUUCUUGUGAUAUCAAGUUCACUGAUAAAGAACUUGAUGUGAUUGAAAUGGCUGUCUAUGGGGAUGUCAUCCGUCCUGGAAAGCAAUGUCGCUGCAGGACAGUAGCUGAGAUGCUUGGGAAGGUGAAGUCAAAGAAUCAGAUGGCUGCUUGCGAGUUGCCACAUAAUGAUGCCUCCUAGCAUAAGUCAUAUCGUUCUGCACAACUACACCAGAUUCAUUAUGGUCCGCACGGGCAGCAAGCCUGAGAUCACUACCCUGAUUUCAUGCUCUAUUGUGAUAAUGAACAUAUUUGACUUUAGGAUCUCUUACAUUGGUUGUAACACCGUUACACCAACAUGGUGUGCUAGGUUAGAUCAGUUCCGUGUUGAUUUGUGCAAUUGGACUGGCUAGUUCGGUUCCUUUCACCCUGGGUAGUUUCAACUUACAUGGUACUAUCUAUGGUUCAUUAGCUGGGUUGGUUUAUCUAUAGUUGGGUCUCUAGAGAAUUUUAGGACCUAAUAGAAAGAGAGAUCGAUUUUGUAAUUGGUAGCCACUUGCCAGUUUGUGAAACAAAACUGAAGUGGUAUGUGAGCAGUAGGAACUGAACAAGAAAUGCAUUGCCGAAAUGUCGCAGUAACUGUAGCCUGCACGCUGCAGUUAAUUGCUCUGUGACAUUUGCCAUUCCUAUGUUCCUGGAAAAUCAAAGAGGCACACAAGUUUCAGAA